AUGGGAGCUUAUCCAGGAGUUAGUGUCAUGAACUGGCUGUGUAAUGCAGUUCCCGGGGCAGCAGCUUCAACAUGUGAAGCACCGGUGAUUGAAAAUGGUUUUGUACUUGGAGAUGUCAAAGACUACAAUGAGCAUGAAAUCCUAAACUAUGAAUGCAAUCCUCAAUAUAAACGUGCUCAAGAAUUACCUUCAAGGUGCACAAAGAUAGGAGACAGAGCAGAGUGGAUCCCCAGACCUGAAUGUGAAGAAAUAAAAUGUGAGCUGACACUGCCACCACUCCGAGGAACCACAUAUGAACCUGCUAAUAGAAAUAGGUUUUCACCUGGUGAAACGAUAAGAGUUACAUGUGAGGAGAGAUACUGGAUUGGGAGAACCCGCACACUCUCAGUGGAGACUACUUGCAAAGAGGAUGGACAGUGGACUGUCAGACCAGUAUGUCAAGAGGUUACAUGCAGCCGUCCACAAGAUGGACUUUUGUCCUACUGGGAGGUCUCUUGGCGUUGGGAGUCAAAGAAAUUGGGCGAUACUGUCAGGUACACAUGUAGAUCAGGAUACAAGAGGAAAGAUGGCGUCACUCAGGCCACAUGCACCAGAGAUGGAUGGGAACCGAAUCCACUUUGUCAAGAGAUAAAAUGCAGGAGGAAACAUUUUAAUAAUGCAGAUAUUACUGGAAAAAUUCAGGCUGAAUACAGGUACAAUGAUCGUGUCCAGUAUAACUGCAGGAGAGGUUAUGAAGGAAGUUUCACUCUAACCUGUAGAGAAGAUGGCUGGUAUGGGUCUAAUGUAUGUACAGCUAUAACAGGAUGUCCAACAACAAGCUUUGACCGCAGACUUAAAGUUUGGCCACAUGGUGACAAACUCUACUUCACAUGUGAGGAUGGUUACAAACUUCUCACCAAAGGCUGGUGGGGUGAAUCCACAUGUGUGGACGGUGUUUGGUCUGGAUUUGAAAGCUGUAUCGAGGAACAAAAGUGUGGAGAAGCUCCUGUGAUUCCUAAUGGGGAAGGAACUCUAGGGAGUACUGAAGGACAAGGACAAUCCCAAGAAAUUAUAUCGAUUGUUUGCAAUGAAGGAUACUCUGCUAAGAUCGAGGAAAUAACCUGUCGUGACGGACGAUGGGAUUUAAAUGGAUCACUUGAUGAUAUCUGUAGAUCUAAUCAUGAUAACUGCAGGCCUCCGCCCAAAGUUGAGAAUGCUGUUAUUACAACUCCUUAUCAGAAGCAAUACCCAUCUGGCUCUGAAGUAACUUAUCAGUGCUUUGACAAUUACAUUACGGAAGGAAAAGCUACAAUUAACUGCAUAGCUGGGGAAUGGAAGGAGCUCACCAUUAAGUGUUUACAAAUUCCACCCUGUGGGAUACCUCCAGCUCUUGAGGAUGGAGACACCAAGACCGCCAUAAAAGAGCAAUACAGCCAUAAUGAAACUAUUGAAUACAUGUGUCAGAGUUACUACAUUAUGGAGGGAGAGCCUUACAAAACCUGCCUCUAUGGUGAAUGGACUGGACACAUGAGAUGCCUCAGGCCUUGCAUUGUGAAUGAAGAUGAAAUGAGACAGCAUAACAUCGCUUUGAAAUCAAGUAGCACUAAGUAUUUAGUUCAUGAUGAAAUAAUAGAGUUCAGGUGUACCAGAGGAUUAUCUACUGGCACUGUGGCAAUGCGUCAGAGAUGUAAUAGUGGUGUGUUAGUCCUACCUACAUGCCGAGAGUGAAAAGUUGAAAUGAUUUCUGAACUUCUGUUUUCAGAUGUGGAAUAAUAAAUCUCAGAUUGUCUGAU